GAUAAUAAUCAUAGUAGUAGUAGUAGUAGUGAUGGUGGUAGUAGUACUACAAUGAUAAUGAAUGAACCAUUUGUAAAUGUUUAUGAAUAUCCACAAGUAAAUAGUAAUCUAGAAUUGAUUGUUGAUAAUCAAACACGUGAUGAUAAGGAUAUUUUGGAUGUUAAAUCAUCACCUGAAUAUUAUCAGCUUGUUGAUGGUGAUGUUGAUGUUGUAGCAUUGAUUCCACCAGAAUCAGAAUCCGAAUCAAAACAACAACAAUUACAGCCAAAUAAUUCAUCUGUUGAACGAAUCGAUUCAUUUGUAUUACUUGAUGGUAAAUCUGAUAAUGAUGAAUCGAUUAAAAAUCGAUAUCAGCCCGAAAAAUCAUCAUCAUCAUCAUCAUCGGAAUCGUUAACAACAUCAACACCAUCGACCAUUAUGGAUGAUUCUGAGGAAACAAGAGGAAAAAAUUCUGAAGAAUCAACAUUGAUCAAAGAUUUAUGGCAAGUAAAUCGACGAAAUCGUAAUAAAUACAAAACAAAUGGAUCACAAUCGGAUGAUGUGACUAAUUCAACAACAAUACCGACAACAGCAUUAUUAUUUGAACGUUAUGCUAAUCAACAACAACAACAAACAAUCAAUAAACGACCAUUACGAAUACCGAAAUUAUUAUUACCAAAAGUAAAUCGUCCAGCAAUGUAUAGCCUAAAUGGAUAUGUACCAAAACCUUCAAUUCAACGUACACAGAUGGCGCUAUCGGAGCCAUAUUCACGAAAAAAUAAAACACGACGUACAAGAAAUCGUCAAAACAAUACAAUGAGAAAACGUCAAAAAUCAAAAAAAUCACAACGUCGUCGUAAUAAUAAUAAUCAUCAAUCAUCAACAUUAUCAAAUCGAAUGAAUUGGGACCACUCAUCAACGAUUAGAAUUCAACAAACAUUACGUAAUAAUAAAUUGACUGGUAAAAAUCAUCCAAAUAUUGAUGAUAAUGAUGAUGAUUAUUCAGAUGAAGAUGAUAAUAUCAAUUACAAUGAUGGACAACAACAACAACAACGAUAUGAUGAUAUGAUUGAAACAUCGGAAACAAUUAAUAGCCAUCAGAAUCAUAAUUCAUUAAUACCAUCAUCAACUGGCCGUCAUCGUAAUCAUCAACAACAACAGCAACCAUCAUCAAGAAAUGAUAAUGAUAAAUUGCCGAAAAAAUCAACAAAAUCACGUAAACCAAUAGGUAUUGCCGGUGCAACAUUAAUGCAUCAUCAACAUCAAUCAACAAAAGCAUCAUUGAGUACAAUACCGAAAACAUCAUUUGAAUGUGGUGAUAAAAGAUCCGAUGGUGUUUAUGCUGAUGAAGAAACCGGUUGUCAAGUAUGGCAUAUUUGUCAAAAUGGCCAAAUGCAUUCAUUUCUUUGUCCAAUUGGUACUGUUUUUAAUUCCAAAAAUGGUGUUUGUGAUUGGUGGUAUAAUGUUGCUUGUUAACAUAUACACGAAACACACACACUCAUUACAACUUUUUUUUAGUGUGUGUGUCUGUGUGUGUUUAUGACCAUUGAAUAGAUGAUGAUGAUGAUGAUGAUAAUGACGACGACGACAAAUACUCUUUGCUAUAUGGUUGAUGACAACAAAAAUUUGAACUUUUUCUUCUUUUCAUUGCUCAUGUUUAAAUUUGAAAAAAAACAA